UAUAAUUGUGGUGCAGCAGUCGUCGAACAAGUUAUUCGACAGAUAGGAACAUAGUCCCUACAAUGAAGAUCUGGGCAUCUGAGCACAUUUUCAACCACCCUUGGGAGACGGUGACCAAAGCUGCCAUGCAGAAGUACCCCAACCCCAUGAACCCUAGCGUGUUUGGAGUGGAUGUUCUGGACAGGAGUGUGGACGAGCAAGGCCGUCUCCACAGCAAGAGGCUCCUCAGCACUGAAUGGGGUCUUCCCUCCAUUGUUAAAUCUAUUAUCGGGAACAUUCGGACAUGCACAUACAUUCAGGAGCACUCUGUUGUGGACCCCAAAGAGAGAACAUUAGAACUUCAGUCUGCAAAUAUCACAUUCACCAACCUGGUGUCAGUGGAUGAGAGGCUCACGUACAGGCCUCACCCUGAAGACUCAGAGAAGACUAUACUGACGCAGGAGGCCAUCAUCUCUGUGAAGGGUGUUAGUCUGAGCAGUUACCUGGAAGGGCUUAUGGCCAGCACCAUUUCCACAAAUGCAGGAAAGGGUCGAGAGGCGAUGGAGUGGGUGAUACGGAGAUUGAACACUGAAAUCGAGGACCUCGCAGCCACAGCAAGGGGAACCAUGAGAACACCAAUGGCGGCCGCGGUCACAGAAAAAUGAGAUCUCUGUCUCUCCCUCACUGUCUCUCUACCUCACACUGCAUUCCCUUUACUCAGGGGCACACUCAGUACCACAGAAACAGCCUUCCUCCCUGUUGCUCCAUUUUUUAAUUUUUUUUUUUUAACCAACAUGGCUUUUCUUCCCGUUCAGGGAAACACAAUUGAGCCAUUGUCUUCAUCAUGAGUGUCUACAUUAGAUGCUGGGUGGACUCAGAAGGUCACAAAUAGGAAAGCUGUUUAUCUUCGGAGAGAGGCCUGAUGUGUGGUUAGCAGGGUUUUUCACAUCAUAGAGAAAAACAGGAUUAGGUGGUAUUUAGUAAAUUUACUGUGAAUAAACUUCAUAUGAAUAAUCUCCGCAUAAAGAGGUAGUGGUAAACUUUUCCCGUUGGUUUAUCUGUAAGGCUGGCACAGCAACAUCUCUGCUUGCAUGGAGAACUGAGGAGGGUCUUAUUUCAGGGGUGAUUCGAUCGAGAGAGAGAGAGAGAAGUGGAGGCCUGAGAUGUUGGAACAGUGGCUGUGGAAGAAUGUGAGCAGGUUUAAUGAGGUUUUGUGCAAUGUGGUGUCACAGGUUCAGUUUGUUUUUCAAACAGAGAUAAUUGCAUUGGGUUGUACUAAGCUGGCUCUGUUAGAAUUCCUCUUAGGUCUUUGUCUACUGGAAAGCCCAUUGCAGAGCACAUGGGUGUGCUCUCUUUUGCCAGGGUCUCUAAACCUGGCUGUCACCUACAGUGCUUGUCAUGUGUGCACCAACUAAAACAGAGGGAACAAACAAAACUGUUUUUUUUUAAUGUUUGAUAGAGGAUGGAGGAAAAUCUCUGGGUAAUGUACAGAAUCAUGGGGAAUUUAAAAUGGUAAUAUGAUCAAGUUAAAGUCUGUUUACAGAGAACAAGCUCUGGUCAGGACUGUGAUCAUUUAGCAUGGCCGCAGUGUGAAUGGGGGUGGGUGUUAUUUUUUAUUUUUUCCAGACAAAAUCAAGAUGAAAGGCCUUAGCCUGUGUCAGCCCAUUCACAUUUACACCCCUCUGUGAGAGAAUGUGCAAAGAAAGGGACUGUACAAACUAGACCAUUGAAAUCACUUAAGAACAUGGUGUAUCUGUUGUUUGGAUAGGCAAAGCUUUUUCACAGUGUGUCAGAUUUGAUUCAUUUUAAUCAGGUUUUCUGAUAUUGCAAAGAGAUUUUAUUUUGCAUCAUCAGUGAUCUUUCUGACAGAUUGGUAUGUUAUUGAUUUGAUCUUAGCUAGCUCCCUGUGAACUUAAGCAUGAGGGAUGAGCUGUUUUGCAGCAUGUUUUUGCCAAAGCCCUCACUGAAACGUCACCAGCUCUUGUGUUUUUAACAACAGCACACACUGGGUGUGUGCAUUGUUUUAAAAUGCAACCACCGUGUAGAGGAGUGCCUUUAAACAGUCUGGAUGAAAGACGAGCAUGAUGUCUUAUCCCAACCUCUGUCUCAGAGGCCAAAAUUAGUGACUGCUCUCAGGAUGUCACAGCAUUUAGGUUAGUAUAUGUUGAACAGCCAAAUUAAACAUGCUAACAGGGAAAUGUCUGCAUAUGUGGUGAAACGGUUAUUUAUUUAUUUAUUUAUUUAUUUAAGUGACAUGAGUUAUCUUUGUUGUCUCAUACAGUGGUAAUAUAUGAACUAAGUACAGUGGCUUUCUGAAAGGCAAAAAAAAACAAUAGGCAAAAUUAUAGUUUGUACCUUGGCUUAUUUGGGGUUGAUUUAUUUUAGUAGAAUGGAAACUGUUUUUCAGGGGAACAAAAUAAGAUUAUCAGACAGGAGCUGUCCUCAGAGAACUUACUGUAUGUUAUCCAGAUUAUCACAGUAAAAGUAAAAUUUUACCAGACAUGUAUAAUAUGAAGAGCAGGGCCUUAGCUUGCCUUUGCACUUUUGAAUAUUGUGAAGAAUUGCACAGUAAGCACAAACAGGUAAAUGUGGUCCUAAUUCAAGAUUGAUUUUGGCCUCAUGAAUGGCCCUUUGCCGAUGAAUCUAUAUUGUGCAAACUCAUAUAAAAAGUUAUUCUAAAUUUUGAAUGUAAUGGUACUGAUGUGAUGAUGCACUGUUAUAACUGUACUGUUAUGUUUUUGGUGAAAGAACAUCCACAUUGGUUUACAAGUA